AGGCAAUCCAACGAUUGUAUCUAGUCGUCUAGUUGCAUGAAUGGAGGCCUCACCACUGUCUCAACAAGCGCGGCCCCAGUCGUUCCAGCCUAAGGUGGUGAGCCUGUACGAGCUUCUCUUCAAGGAAGAUGACGAGGGCGAAAAGUCUGAAGGCUUUUGGCAAGAAUUCUUUCUCCAUAAGCCGGAUACGAAAUCCUUGUCAGAGAUACUCGCUUCUCUCAGUCCAGAUGACUUCUUACACCUUCACGCGCACCCACAGCAGCUCCUCACCCGUGCAAUUGUGCGCAUUAAAGAUGGGAAAGAACCCAGUGACGAACAUGCUCUCGAUGUAUGAGUAAAUUGUCCUCAUACCUUAACCGUCUUUCUGGGCGCGGUCCUCAAUAAAAGAUAUACGAACCCGAGCUCGGACAUCAUUUCGGUAUUAGCGGGUCUGCAUGAUGCGGAUGCAGUAUUUUCGGACUUCGUGGCUACGCUGGAUAUGGCGAUUAGAGGAGGUAGAAAUGGUAUGGUGGACUUGACUCGGAUGUCUAGGCUAUGCUGAAGACGAAGCAGUUCAGGUGCGGUUGAAGGCAAUCAAGGUAGCACUGGCAAUGGUUUCUGGAGCGUACUCCACCGGACUGGUCACAUACUUUACGCACAGAGACCUCUUUCCUUCUCUCAUGAAGUUCGUUCAGGAUGCGCCCGAAAGCAUCAUGAGUCUUUCGCCCUUCGUUCUUCUCGGCCUCCUUGCAAACUACAACAAGUUUGAGUUUCAAAACCCGUACCGUCUCCGCCUGGACGACUUCGUUAACGAGCUUGCAAUCAAGAAACUUGUGGGCUGUAUAGGUCAAACAUGUCUUCUCGCACGUUCCCGGUACACAGAGAUACAAGAAGACCUACCUGAAGGGUGGAGUUUAGGUGGCACACUUGCCUACAUUGGCCUCGGUGCGCUAGCCGGCAGCCCGCGUUCGAGCACUUCGAUACUCAGCCCCGAGGAAGCGAAAAAACGCUUUGCGAGUCUCCCCAGAUCAGAAGCGACGUUACUUUUAUCGACGUAUGACUUUGCAAACGCGAACAAAAUGUUCUGCUUUAGCUUUGUUACAGCAUCGUCCUCGGAUACUAAAUCCGAAGACAACAAUACGGCCCCGCCCUUUAGUUCCUACUUAUCUCUGACGUCGUAUCUCCUGCAGCACGCGCACCGCUCCACCCGCGCGGCUCAUUAUACGUAUUUGACUCUCUUUACGCUGCAAAUACUAGUCGAAGACCAAGCGCUGGCGAAGCGACUUUGUAGUGAGGAAAGCCAAACCCGCGUAAGACUGUGCAGGCAAAGACAGCCCUUUUUACCGCUUGUUCAGACGAGCAGAGUAUUGAUGGCAGCAAUUUUGGAUGUUUGCGUGGAUGGAGUGAAUCACAAUUUGAAGAGAAGGCUAGAUGUGGAACUGUACAUAUUGAUGCUCGGCGUGCUAUUACGUAUCAUCUCUUAUUUGGGACGGUCCAAGUCACGACUCGUCUAUCACUGGUCCGAACUCUGGCGAUCACUACUUUCCUUCAUCCGUUUCCUCAACACCUACGUUUCGGAUAUCAAACCUUUAUACCGCUCACAUGAAAUGAUUUCCGUUCUCGUCAACUUGAUUGCACUUUCCCUCUCAACGGGUGAAUCCUUUCUCCCGGACACCGCAUCCUACGACGACCUUUUCUACAAACUGGUUGAGACGGGCGAUAUUCUAACUAAAUUUCGUGAUGCAUAUUCUCUGGGUCCUUCCAAAUCUGGGACAUCCUCGUCUGGCGACUCUGCGGCGUCAAGUGUGGAAACGCUUAUCAGCGUCAGUAGGCAUUAUCAUGCUUUGCUCGAAGGGGAUGGUAGGACCAAGGGUAAGAAAAACCUGAGCCCCAGAGAAGUUGGAAAGGUCAUUCAGAGCGGAUACGAAAGUCUAAGUAUUAGUGCAAGGGAAGGGUUGGACACAUGGGAAAAGUACAGAGAAGCCGAUCACCGAAACGUGCUGAAACGUAUGGCGAGAAUUGUCAUUGACGAUACGAAGUCAUUAGUAAAAGAGCUUUAGCGGCAAUGGCACACAUUGCAAGCUAGUAUGUGAACGCAAUAUCCAAAACCAUCAGGCGCCGUCGCUUACAAACAACCCGGAAGAACAUAAUCG